UUUACUUUCCUUUUGUGUUUGUGCUAGAUGUUCUGUAUGAACAAUCAUUUUGGCACGACAUUGUGCAGUUUGACUAUUGUUGGAGAAGCACUGAACUGAUCAAUACAUGUAGAUUAGUACUAUAUAUAACACUAAUUACUGGCACUUUCACAAUAAGCUAGUUGUACUCCCAGAAGUAGUGUGCAACAACGACAAGGAACAACUGAAAGUUGAUUUGGUAUUUUUGCUAGUUAAACUGACACUGCUUCUAGAAAUUCCUCUUUGCUUCUGCUCACAUUCAAAUAUUUAUUAUAGAAUUUUUAUGUGGCCUCUGCUUUAGUAUGUUACAUAACUUCUUCUAAGCACCUCAUGUUGAAGAACUUGGUUUUGUUCAGUUGAGAAUGGAUAGGAGUUGGAUGCGAGCAGCAAGGUCUUCCGCCGAGUAUUCUGAAGGAACUAGCAACUUCAUAAAAUUUGCUUUUCGUACGUCAGCAAAAAGUAAUAGGAUUCUCUGCCCUUGCAAGAUAUGUGUAAACUCUCAUUGGUUAGGUGAACUUGAAGUCUAUGAUCAUUUGAUUUAUGAUGGAUUCAUGGCUGGAUAUACCACAUGGAUUCAUCAUGGAGAAAGUAUGUGGCCCUCCGAAACAACUUCAGGUCCUAGUUCACAGUUUGAAGAAUAUGCUGAUAGUGAUGAGAUGGAUGAGAUGCUACUGGAAGGAUUCGGGAUGUAUGAUACUCGUACUUUAGGAGAGGAGCAAGAGUCUGAAGAUGACUUGGACGAUGAUGCUGAAGCAUACUAUAGAUUAGUUAAUGAUGGGUGCCAAGAGCUGUACCCAGGUUGCAAAAGAUUCUCGAAGCUGCAAUUUUUGGUGAGGUUGCUUCACAUCAAGAAUAUGAGGGGAAUGAGCAAUGUCUGCUUUGAUGAGGUAUUGACGCUAAUUAAGGAGGCACUUCCAGAAGGUGAGGCCUUGCCCAAAAAAUUUCAUGGGGCCAAAAAGUUUGUGAGAGCCAUUGGUAUUGGAUAUAAUAGUAUAGAUGCAUGCAAAAACGAUUGCAUUCUAUUUAGGAAGGAACAUGCUGAUGCCAUAUCAUGCCCAGUGUGUGGCACAAGUAGAUGGAAGAGCGUAAAUACUGGAGUUGAUGGAAGGCGUGUCCACAAGGUGCCUCAAAAGGUGGUUCGUCAUUUCCCGCUAAAGAAGAGACUCCAAAGGUUGUUCGCUUCUACAAAGACGGCAUCAGAUAUGAGGUGGCACAGCGAAGGCCGCACAAAGGACGGCUUGAUACGACACCCAGCUGGUUCACCUGCAUGGAAACACUUUGAUGCUAUUCACAAAGACUUCAGUUCAGAAGUUUGCAAUGUUAGAUUUGGAUUGGGAGCUGAUGGUUUCAACCCUUUUGGAAAUAUGAAUCUCUCAUAUAGCAUAUGGCCUAUCAUCUUGAUCCCCUACAACCUUCCUCCAUGGAUUUGUAUGAAGCAAUCAAACUUUAUCCUCUCUGUCAUCAUUCCUGGUAAAAAAUCUCCAGGGAAAGACAUGGAUGUUUACAUGCAGCUGACCAUAGACGAUCUUCUGGAGCUUUGGAAUGAUGGAGUCUGGACUUAUGAUGCCUCUCGAUCUAAGAAGUUUCUCUUACGCGCCGCACUACUAUGGACAAUAAGUGAUUGGCCUGGGCGUGGAUCUUUGUCUGGAGAAAAUAUAGCAGUUUGCUCCCAUUGUCUAUCAGAGACAUGCUCUCUUUGGUUAAAGAAUGGACACAAGAAAUGCUAUAUGGGACAUCGCAGAUUCUUGGAACCUAAUCACGAGUUUCGAUUUGAUGCUGAGUCAUUUGAUGGUUUUGAGGAACAUCGAGAGCCUCCCGUUCCCCUUUCAUCACAUGAAAUUUCAAUAUUGACAAAGGACAUGAAAACUACAUACGGGAAACUGCAGCAGAAGAGCAGCAGGAAGCGACACCGUAAUCAGGUAGAUGAGAAUGAUACAAGCGUGCAGCAAGACACUUCAAUAUUCAGAAAGAGAAGUUGCUUCUUUCAGCUGCCAUACUGGGAAACACUUCUAUUGCGUCAUAAUCUGGAUCCUAUGCACAUAGAGAAGAAUGUGUUUGAGAAUAUUGCCCAUACCCUUCUGAAUGUUAGCAAAAGAUCAAAGGACAAUCUAAAUGCACGUCUUGACCUACAACAGUUGAAUAUACGCCAAGACCAACAUCCAGAUUUAACUGGAAGUAAACCAUACCUACCUCCGACAUUAUACUACUUGGAUUCACAUGGUGCUAAGAUGUUUUGCCAGGUUCUAAAGGAUGCUAGGUUUCCUGAGGGCUAUGCAUCCAACUUGCACAACAAAGGAAAAAUCUGAGAGAAACAAAGCCACUUGGGCAUCGCAACUCGAGGGAUGCAAGGGGACCCACACCGCUGGGUCACGAAGUUUUGCAGUUGUCCUUGAUCAAAUGGAGAUGGUAGAGGGUAGAGAAAUUGGGCGUGCCGAGCUUUACGUGGUUACGCAUACAAAAAACAAUGGAUAUCCAGUCAACCAACAAAGCGGAGUAAAAAUGGAUGACAUUAAAAAAAGGAUUCGGGAAGAUCCUUCUUUGAUUGGUGAG